GUUGAAAAAUCGGAACGAUUUUUUUACAGGAACCAAGUCUACUGUUAUUAUCCGUUAUCUGGUUAAAAUAACUUACAAUUUAAGAUGAAACUAGUAUAACUCAAUCGGUGGUAGCUUUUGAUAUUUAAUGAUUUGGUAUUUUUUGUUGAAUCGUGGUAUAGUGACUGUUACAGUAGAGGUUAAUACCGCGGUCAGCUACAGAGCUAACAGAUCACAACCUCCAGACAUAAAGAAAAAGCUCCUAAUCAAUCAACUGAUCCUGGUACAGUUAGCUAACGUUACCUUUCGCUUGCUUUCAGAUGAGCUAGCAAAUAGCAAUUAGCUUGCUGGCCUAAAACAAAUCGUACGGGGUUUGUGUUGAUUUGGAAGCUAGGAAGCUUAACUAGCGAGCCCCUCAUGGCAUAGACUUUUACGCCCUACUGACUUACAUUCCCCUGGAGGAGGAGGGUCGGCUGAUUGCCUCUGUGUGGUGUGCAGCCAGCUAGUUAAAAACAAUGGCUGGCAUUCAUGCUGACUGAAGCAAGACAUGGGACCCUGCUGCUGGACUUUAGCUGAAUCCCCUGGAGGAAAGACAACGGCGGACCUGCCUUGUCGUGAUCCGACUCUGAGAUGAUUUGGUUAAGAAGAACAGCCCUCAGCAGCAGCAGCAGCAGCGUCCCCAGUCGAUUCAACCCGCACUGAAAAGAAGGUGCCCCUCCCGUAUGGACGUGUGCUAAACCCAACCCCAACCGUACGGCCCCAGUGAGUGAGGCUGGGCCCCGGCGGGACCUGCCUCUGUGCUCCAGGACCAACGGGUGGAGCUGGCCUCCACACCCCUUCCAGCUCCUGGCAUGGCUCCUCUACCUCUUCUUCGCUGUCACCGGGUUUGGAGUGUUUGUCCCCUUGCUUCCCUCCCACUGGAUCCCUGCUGGCUACAUCUGCACGGGCAUCAUGUUUGUGUGUCACCUGUUCGUCCACCUGAUGGCGGUUUCCAUCGACCCCGCGGACUACAACGUCAGGGCCAAGAGCUACCACGGCCCCGUGCCCGUGUUCGACCGCACCAAACACGCCCACGUCAUCGAGAACUGCCACUGCUACCUCUGUGAAGUAGACGUGGGCCCCAAAUCCAAACACUGCAGUGCCUGUAACAAGUGUGUCGCUAGUUUUGACCAUCACUGCAGGUGGCUCAACAACUGUGUCGGGAGCCGGAAUUACUGGCUCUUCCUGAACAGUGUGAUCUCUGCUCUGCUGGGUAUAUGCCUGGUAGUGGUCAUCGCCAGUUACAUCUUCAUCGAGUUCUUCUUGGAUCCCUCAAAGCUGCGCACUGAUAAACACUUCCAAGUGAAGAAUGAGACUGUGGUGUGGUUUGUUUUCCUGCCCGUGGCUCCGGUCUCCACAGCAGGACCAGCCAUCCCUGCCCUGGCUGGCCUCACCAUCGCCCUGGGCCUGCUCUCUGGUCUGCUGCUGGGGCAUCUACUCUGCUUCCACUUCUACCUCAUGUGGAACCGUCUGAAUACCUAUGAGUACAUCGUCAGACAGAGGCAUCGCCAGGAGCCCAGAGACAUCAGUAAAGGAGUACAGGGGACCCAAGCAGUGCCUCCUAAAUCCAACCUCAUCAAGGAUGUAAGCUACUCGGGGACUCUGGGCUAUACCAACCCUGAGAUGGAGGUGGAGGAUCCUACCACCAUGGCUGCAGCGCGGGGGGGGCUAGAGUACUAUGGCAACGGCAGAGUUCAUAGUUCAUCCAGCAGGAUGGUCGAAGAGGAGCAGUCACACACCGUCUCUACUGAGCACAGAGCUGCACCACGGAAACACAUCCAGAAGAAAAAGAAGAAAGUCCACAAAGUGCCAUCGGAGGUGAUCAACGACCGUUCCACUGAGACCAGCAGCAACAGAGACCCGGCCUUCAACACUACAGAACCUGUAGACUCCUGCAGUGUAACUCCAGUCCCCACGUCCGUGUCCCACCUGUCCAGCUCCCUGAGUCAGCACCUCUCCUUCCCCCUGCGGGCCUCCCAGCCCCCCACUAUCUCCCUACAUCCUGGUCUCCAACCUGACCCCGUGCUGCCCGCUGGGCCCCCUGCUGAGUAUCACUCUGACUCUGCAGAGUCCCUGGAGGAGAUCCCCGUGGCGUUGGCACGACUGGGCACCUCCGCCGCGGCAGGCCGUCUGGGUAGGACUGCAGCGUCUGGGUCGUCUUCUCAACGCUCUCUACUGCUGCCUGCAGCCCGACCCCAUCCCUCGCCCCAGCCCCGGACCAAGAGGAAGUCCUCUGCACACAGCAGCAGGACAGGGGGAGGGGGGGAGCAGAGGUUUGAGAUGGCCGCUCAGCCUCCUACGGUCUACGUCAGUAGGAGUAGUGGACAGCCGGGGGGAGGAGCCCAGCACCGGGACAACAAACACAGCAGCAGACAGGCCAGUAGGAGAGGCCUGGAGCAGCCUGGUCCUGGGUCCAGCUCCAACCAUAGCUCCAGGGCAGGCACCCCAAUGGCGUAGACUAGCUCCCCCAGGAUGGACCACU